GUUGACAUCCGAACCUACCUCUCCAACGCAAACCAACCAACUACUCCCUACCUCAACCCCAACAGCACAAAUGUGCUUCUUCACAACAACCGAAACCCGCGAAGUGCGCCACGGCGUGACCGACCCGCCGCGGCACCGCUCCCGCUACUCCGCGCACCCACCGCCGGGCGUCGUGCGGGUGCCGGUUGAGUACCGGCGGUCGAGAGAGUACGACACGUACCGCACAAGUGUGGACCGGGUGGCGUAUCGAGAGCCGCCACGGAUUGAGUACGCGACGCCGCGGAGUAGUCGGGGGAGGGUCGGGGAGGAGGAUACGUAUCGGCGGAGUGUAACUUUUGUGAGGGAUUGAUCAAGGGGAGUUUCGGUGAAGGAAGCGGGAGAUGUCUUGCGUUAGACAUUUUGGAGGAGAUAUGCUAGUAGAAAAAGGGGGUCAUUGUGUAUGUGGUGGAUGAUAUGAUGAUAAGGUAUAAUAAGGGCGCUGUGGGAUACAAUAUGGAAAUGAUUUGAUAUGUGUUAUGAUAGCAUUGGCAUCUCUAUGACCGGAGUGGCGUAAGAAUUGGUAUAUAUAUAUUCGCCAACAUCCAAGCAUUGAUCUUGCAUUUUCAUC